CAAAUCUACAAAAAACUUCAUAUCAAACUCAAAAUGUCACUACACACCGAAUGUCUCUUCUGCUGGACCGUCUGCGCAUAUCGCAAGCCAGACAUGAGCGAGGAAGACUACCACAAAUAUAUGAGCGAAGUCCACGCACCACUCGUGCGAAACCUGAUGGUAAAAUAUGGGAUCGUGAGCUGGGAGAUGACCCACAACACAUCCGAGACUCGUCUCCUCAUGUCCAAAAUUGCUGGUCCUCAGUUCAACGGCAUCGCAGAUUAUGACUGCAUCGUGCAAGCUACUUUCCGCGAUAUCGAGGAUUUUGUGCGCAUGAAAGCGGAUCCGUUUUUCAGGGAGAAGGUGGCGCCUGAUCAUGAGAAUUUUGCAGAUACGAAGAGGUCUAAAAUGACUGUGGGCUGGAUCGAGCAUCAUAUUAUGGAGAACAAGUUGGUUGUUUAAAGGAGAGCGGUUAAGGACUUAAAAGGGAAAACUGUCUUAUUUUUCUUUCUUAUGUACUCGAAAAUUUGCCAUCAAUUGAAAACGCAAUUAAAAGGAUCAUGC